AACGAUUUUUUGCUACACCACAGAGACUGUCUACAUAACUAGGGAGUUCGAGAGAGAGUUUGAAUCUAGUGGUUGGAUCACGAAGGAUGUUGGGCGACGCAGACUUCGACCUGCUACGUGAGGCUACAGAUGCACCAAGAAAGGAGUGCACUUCCGCGUGUCUCCUGAUUACAAGAACGACCAUUUUAGGUUCCUUCUACAUCUGGGGCUCUAGGAACCAUGUU